UUCGCGCGUGAUAUCAGGCCCGAGAAGACUUCGGCGUGCAAUGAGUAACGGUAUCGGUGCGCCACUGCACUCUUCUGGUGCGGGGACGGCGCUAUCGGGAGCGAUGCGUACCCAGCCUGUUGAUCACCAGAUGACCCAUCAUGCCGGGACAGACACAUCGCGACUAUAAGGAGCGCCUGAUGGGGGGAACGCCCGUCGUGCCCGCCCUUCUUGCGUGCCUUCACCGUGCCAGCCGCCGCCCAUUGCACCUGGACAAUGUCGCUCAUCGGCCGCCUGGACACCACCGAUCCCGCUGCGGCGGCGGCGCCAGCAAACCCUCUGGCUGCCCUGCCCAAGCUCCCCGCCAUCGACAACACAUACGGGGCCAUGAUGAUCGGCACGUUCCUUAGUCUUAUAUUAUACGGUUUCGCGUUGCUUCAGGCAUACAACUACACGCGACUCCGUUUCAAAGACCCUACACUCGUUAAAGUCUACGUAGCAGUCAUCAUGGUUAUGGACACCUUCCAGACCAUUCUUUCCAUGCACAUAUGUUAUUGGUACCUCGUCACAAACUACUUCGACCCGACGCGCCUGUUCUCGGGGAUCUGGUCCAUCAACUUGCUGGGUGUCUCUGUCGGCAUGACACUAGUGGCUUGCCAAAGCUUCUUCGCUCGUCGGGUGUACAUCAUCGGUUCUCUGAAGUACAGGAUCCUGGUGAUGAUCACGGGUAUUAUGUUCAUCGCUGAGCUGGGUUUCGCGACUGCUGGAACAUACUACGCUUCUGUCCUGCCGAACUUCGCCGAGUUCCACAAAGUUGCAUGGCUGAACUCCGCGUCGUUCUCGCUUGCCAUCGCUGCGGAUCUGAUCCUCACUGUUGUCCUGAUCAUGGUUCUGCGGAAGAGCCGGACGGGUUUCGACCAUACCGAUUCCCUCAUCGACGUCCUGAUUAUGUACUCCGUGUGCACAGGUCUGAUCACGACCGUGUUCAGUGCCCUCAGUCUGAUCGUGGCCGUUGCGCUCCCGAACAGUCUGAUCUACGCGGGGUGCGAUCUCGUGGUGUCCAAACUCUACGUCAACUCGGUCUUGGCUGCCCUCAACUACCGGGACACCGUGCGCAACCCGACCACCAGCCUCCGGCAAGGCAAGGCGAUCAACCUCAGCACGUCAGUCCGCACGGGCACGCGCGGCGACGUAUCCAUGGACUGGGCGACCACGAACCACAUCCGCUCAACAGAGUUCGAGAACAGCGUCAUCGAGCUCAAGUCGACGCGGGAGAUGAUGGACAACAUCGACGAGGUAUAGGAUCUUGGCAUAGACUCAGAGCGCGUACAAAGUGCCCCCCUGGCUCCGGCUGUUGCGGUUCGAGGCGUCAGGCCCGCCGAACCUGGACUGUUCCCCCUGCGUUCCCGCUGUAUUCUUUCAUUAUGGUCGACCUCUGUGUAGCAAGAAUCCGUGGCGAAGUAUAUAUUGAUAACUUAAGCGGCUUGUGCCCAC